UCCUCCAGUCGCGGUUACCGGGCGUGCGGUUGCCAGGAGAGACGCGCGUGCAGUGCAGUGUACAGUUUUAACGGCAGAGCGGCACGGGAUCUCCCCCGCCAUUUCCUCGUGUCGAGCCCUGGAAUGUCGAGUAGCGGCUCGGGCUCUUCCUCGCGGAAGGAGUUCGAUGUGAAGCAGAUCCUGAGGAUCCGAUGGAGGUGGUUCGGUCACCCCGCGGUCCCUCCGCCUCACUCCCCGCCGCUAGGAGACUACUUCCCCGGCAGGAGAGCGGGCGGCAGCUCCGGAGACGGACCCUCAGUUAGCGGCUCUAGCAACUCGAAUUCAAACAGCGUAAACCCCAGCGCGGGGAGUCACGGCGGUCUGGUGGCCAGCGGCAGCGCUGGGUCUAACCUGUGUAACGGCAGCGGCAGCAGCAGAAAGUUUGCUGAUCCGGCUGGGAGUCGGGGCGGUCCGGGAGGAGCGGCAGCUGGAGCGACGGGGAGCUCCUGUCCCCGCUCGUUCAGCCAGCCAGAGUGCCGAAGCUCCUCCGCAGCGCUGUCCUGGGUCUCCCCGCCGCCUCAACGUCGCUCUCGCCCCGUGACGAGCAUGGACCCCCCCGGGGAGGCCCCUGUACCCCAGCUGGUGCCCGAGCCCCCCGGGGUUGAGGAGGAGGAGGCGGCGGCGGCUACAGCAGCGGUGGCGGCAGCAGCAUGCAACGAGGAGAACAACAACCACCCGGAAACAGACUCCAGCUCUUGCAGGACGUCUAACAGUAGUGCCACGCUGUCCUCAUGUGUGUCAAUGGAGCAGUGCGCGUGUCCGGAGGAGUGCAUGUUUACGGCUCUGUCCCAUGCUGAUGUCACCUUCCGCAAGAUGGAGGGCUACCUGCGGUCUAGACAGCUUUGUGAUGUCACACUGGUGGCUGGUGAGAGGCGAAUACCUGCUCACAGGCUUGUCCUCUCAUCUGUGUCUGACUACUUUGCUGCAAUGUUCACCAGUGAUGUGCGGGAAGCCAAGCAGGACGAGGUGAAGAUGGAGGGUGUAGACCCUGAUGCAUUGUGGGUCCUGGUGCAAUAUGCAUACACAGGCCGUCUUGAGUUGAGGGAAGACACCAUUGAGUCUCUGUUGUCAGCCUCCUGCCUGCUGCAGUUGUCAUCUGUAGUUCAGGCUUGCUGUUCCUUCCUCAUGAAGCAGCUCCACCCCUCCAACUGUCUCGGCAUCCGCUCCUAUGCUGAUGCUCAGGGCUGCCAUGACCUGCAGCGGGCUGCUCACGCCUACACCAUGGAGCACUUUCUGGAGGUGGUCGGAGGCCAGGAGUUCCUCCUACUACCAGUGGAGGAGAUGGAAAGGCUCCUUACAUCUGAUGACAUUAACGUGCCGGAUGAGGAAACCGUGGUUACGUCUUUGCUAACCUGGGUCCGUCAUGACGCUUCCACUCGACAACGCCACCUACCCCGGCUGCUGGCUCAUGUCAGACUCCCGCUGCUGCAACCACAGUUCCUGGCGGACCUUGAGAGCAACCCUCUCCUCCGGGAAAGUGUAGAGUGCCAACGCCUCCUGAUGGAGGGGAUGAAGUAUCACCUUUUACCCCAGCGUCGGCCCCUGCUUCAGAGCCCCCGCACUCGGCCUCGCAAGGCCACCGUAGGGGCCAUGUUCGCUGUGGGUGGCAUGGAUGCUACGAAAGGUGCCACGACUAUCGAGCAGUAUUGUCUACGUCGAGACACCUGGAGGCAGGUUGCCACGAUGAGUGGACGGAGACUACAGUUUGGUGUAGCAGUCCUGGAUGGGCGUCUCUACGUAGUCGGAGGGCGAGACGGACUCAAGACACUCAACACUGUGGAGUGUUACAACCCACACAGCAAAACCUGGAGCGUCAUGCCCCCCAUGUCCACACACAGGCAUGGCCUAGGUGUGGCUGUUCUAGAGGGACCCAUGUAUGCAGUAGGAGGACACGAUGGCUGGAGUUACCUCAGUACAGUGGAAAGGUGGGACCCUCAAGGACGCCAGUGGAGCUUUGUUGCAAGCAUGGUUACACCUAGAAGCACAGUGGGAGUAGCUGUUCUCAAUGGCAAAUUGUAUGCAGUAGGAGGUCGUGACGGCUCAUCCUGCCUGCGUUCAGUGGAGUGUUUCGACCCCCACACCAACAGGUGGAGUGGUUGUGCCCCUAUGGCUAAAAGGCGUGGAGGUGUGGGCGUGGCCACGUGGCACGGGUUCCUGUAUGCCAUCGGAGGCCACGAUGCUCCGGCAUCAUCCCUGGCGUCCCGAUUAAGUGAUUGUGUGGAAAGGUAUGACCCUCAGACAGAUGUGUGGACAGCUGUGGCUCCCAUGAGCAUCAGCAGAGAUGCCGUAGGUGUUUGUCUCCUUGGUGAUCGUCUGUACGCUGUGGGGGGGUACGACGGCCAGGUGUAUCUCAAUACUGUGGAAGCUUACGACCCUCAGACAAACGAGUGGAAACAGGUAGCACCUCUGUGUCUGGGCAGGGCAGGCGCGUGCGUGGUGGCCGUCAGACUGUGAAAACAACACCUCACAUAGUAGAUGGCAGACUGUUCACCAUAUGGCUCGCAGACCCUCCUCUUUGCCACCGAGGGACACCGAGAGGUCUCUCCGGCCACACCAGGAAACUGCUUGCGAACACUCUUCAGCAAAGACACAUUCUACUCUGCGUAAUGCCGACUAAUCCUUCAGAUUUUAGGCAGAUUAGGGUUCAGGUAAAUGUCAGUAGGUCUCUGAUAAAGUUCUCACGUCACGAUACUUUGUGCCACAGAAGUGAACUGCCAGAAAUACACAUGGCAGAGAGGAAAUCUGCAGUGUUUAUCUGAGCUCGACAGAACAGCUGUCCCACACAUACUGUACGCGCGCGUGUAAAUCUACACGGCUGCUUUCAGCUCCCAUUUGUGCUGAGUAAAAAGGUGGAAGACAGAGCGAGAUUGUCAAAACUGCCUCAUCACGUUACGCUCUUGGUUUCUCCAAACAGCAUCUGAUGCUGUGUACUGAUGCUAUUUUAAGAUAGUUCCUAUUAUUUUUAUGCUGCAGUUGGCAAGUGCUCUUCUUCCCCUUGCUUUUUCCCACCGUUACCCGCCGACAGAUGAAAGAAAGACUUUUGACAUAAUCAGCACACCCUCACGAACAGCGAUUCUGUGAGGAACUACAAUUUUCAUGCAAAAACAUUUCAUGCUUCAUCAAAUAUUUCUGCGCGUAUGUCUUCCAUGUUGCAUCAGCUCACAUCUGAAGCCUCUGCAAUGCUGUGGUAUGAAGUUUAUCUCAGCUUUUUAAUUUUUUUUUUUCUUUAAGUUGCGCCAGAAGAUUGUCCAACUUUUUACUUCGUUGUUUGUUUUUAACUGCCAUUUUUGCACAACUCUGGGUCCAUUAAGCAGGAUAUUUGGCUUUGAAGUGUGUGUGUGUGAUGAUAAUGGUGAUAACACUGUGGUCCUUUGUUGAUCCCUGCAGGAAAAUUUUGUUUUCAAUUUCCUCCAGACCACAGGGUCAGCUAUUUACAGGCAGGGUCUGUUCAGCUACCGUAUUUUUUCCCUCUGCUGUAGAGGUUUCUUCAUUUCCUGUGUGUGUGUGUGUGUGUGUGUGUGUGUGUGUGUGUGUGUGUGUGUGUGUGUGUGUGUGUGUGUGUGUGUGUGUGUGUGUGUGUGUGUGUGUGUGUGUGUGUGUGUGUGUGUGUGUGUGUGUGUGUGUGUUGGGUGCUCAGAAAUUGCAAGGAGUAUAUUUUUAUCUCAAAUGAGAAUCUUCCCCCUCUUCCCCUCACCACAUCUUCAAUUCCCUGCUUCUUUCUCUUCAUCCCCGUUUUCCCACUUCAUCACCACAAGUACACACACACACACGUUUGCUUGCACCGCUUCGCUUUAGAGCCCAAUUUCAGGCCCAGAAAAAUGAACAACAGACCAUAUAAUGAGACCAUGAAUUUAAUAACGUUGAUUCAGCCGGUGCCGAUAUUUUGUUUGAUGUCGAGUUCAAAGCGUUAUUGGAUUCGAUGCUACUGUAGACAAAACAUAAGACAUGAGGGGCAGACGAAUGCUGUGGAACAAACUCUGUGGGUCAGGAAACGUAGGGAAUGCAAAGAUUCUGACAGCAGAUUCCCUACCGGCACACGGCACAAAAAUUUCAUGCUGCAUCCUUAAUUGUGCAUUUCCUGUCUGUUUCCUGUUGGUGUGUGUCUGUCUGUCUGUCCAGUGCAGAGCAAGGAAACUCCUGACAGCGAGAGGCAAAACAGGCUUCCUCUCUGAACUGACAGAUGUAGGGCUAAUGUAGCCCCCAGGAUGCACUUUACAAACACACACGGACAUAUCACACACACACAAAGACACACUUAACCACACAGCUGAAAGCCAAGCGCCCCAGGAGCCGGGGAAGACUGAAAAGCCGCCCAAAUUUGCCAGCUUGACAUCUAAAAAGCGGAGACGCGAAGGCUCGCAAUUCCCCACAGCCGAGCUGAUGUUUAUUCAAGCCUAAUGCACUGCUGCAUUAUUCUAUUUUCUCCCCCACCCUCGCUUGCUUCUUCAAACCUGCCUGGUGUUUAUUUAGAGUAAUUCUCUUCAGAUCACAGCGGAAGAAGUGUGUCAUCUCCACUGUGUCGUGUGAUUUCAGCAAGAGGUUAAAAAUAACAUAAAACACAUUCCAAAUCUAACUAUAACUGUAUAUUAUGUACAUAAAUAAAUAUAAAGUCUGUAUGUAGUCUUACUGCAUUACGGUGUCUAUAUUGUACACUUCCCACUGAAUAUGCUGUGUGUUAUUGUGUUUUGUUUUUUGUAACAUGAAUUCAGAUGAUGAAGCGAUGUAAUAAAAGCGGUCGGUGGGAAACUGCA